AUGCAGCAUCUUGCAUUUUUACCGGUCCACGCCUCUGAGGUGCCAAAGGAGGUCAAGAGCCCAAGGACUCCUCUCAACCCUCUACUCGCAGCGCUCUUCCACCCUCCCCAGCUUUCACCACGAUCCCGCGAUCUCGCCAAUGCGCUCAAGUCACCCAGGAACUACGUUAUCCUUGUUCCGACCACGACAUCGCUGCUGUACACUGUCGACCAGGAGACAAACACGCCGUUCGCCGAGUUGUGCAAUCAGGAAGAUUUCUUGGCUUCUCAUAUCGUGAAGAUUGGCGUCUCUGCAAAAGCGAUCGGUCGCGCUCGUGUGUUUUGGACGUUGAAUGGCCGCAGUAUAGUCAUCAAGGAUGACUUCAUAUACACAAAUAAAGGGUUCAAAACCGUCGCGCAGGCUAGACUUCUGACUGAUCGCGUAUACACUACAACUUCUGAAUCAUUACCGUACGAUUCACAGUACUUGAUUUAUUACAUCACCAAACCAUUAAUCGGCAAUGCAUCGCCUCUUUAUGACUUCAAAGCCCUAGCCGCCCCCGUACCCUCCGCCGCAACAAAACCGGCCAAUUCAGCAAAGAAAAUCACCACCUUUGGCCAGCUACUAUCGCAUUUCCCGUUAAUAGCACGGCAGAUCCAGGAGCCGCUCAAUACCAUCUUUGAGAACUUUGACUGCUCCGAAGCUACCGAGCCUGACCUGGUGACGAUGAUUGAGGACGUGAUGGAGCGAGGAAUCGCGCUGUUCCAGAGUAUAGACCACUCGGUCGUCAACGCCAUGGCUAGCUCGACCGGACUUACAGGCCCUGAGAUUGAAAAAAUGCUCGAAAACUAUGUCGGAAAACAUCUUCACGCAAAGAUCUGGCCGCGGUUGACGGUUCUGCGCGCGCUCAAAGACUCAAUCAUCAGAGCCGCUGUCAAAAACAUGAAAAACAUCAGUCUUGGCCAAUUAGGUGUGCAACCGUUCUGGGUAGACGGCGGUGACAGUAUAGAAAGGAUGGUCAUGAGCGCAGUCGUUGAUCUGGAAAACAUUAGCAAGGGAGAGAAUGCGGCGAGCCAGGUUGAUGAGCUCGUCAAGAUAUUACGAAACCUUGGCGUUGUUCCUCCGUCUCAGCCGGAUGUGCCGACAAGCAACGGUGAUAAUUCCUCGAGCUCAAAGGAGAGUAAAGAGAAGUUGGCGGUCCAGUCGAACGUUAGCGCGGACGUCCUUGUCAGUCUGAUGAUUGUUGUCGUGACAUGGUCGAAAUUGGACCACCUUGACUCGCUCUUAUUCUACAUGCGCAAUUUCUCCUUUCUAGACGUCGACACCGGUGAAGUUGGCUACGCUCUUUCGACCUUCGAGGCUGUGAUCUUCCAUAUCAUGAACAACAGCUCCAAGCUAGCCAUUGUAUCCAGCGCCAACGCCGUCUUUUGGAAAAACAUCCGCAGCGGUAAGACUAUCAAACCAGCGUUUGAGACUCCAGGCGAGUAUUUUGAUGCCGGAGGAAUCGACGUGUCUGAAAUCGAAUCUUUGGAGCAAGUCUAUCGGAGUCGGAAUAGCUCGGGCGAAAGCGCAAUCAUGAUGGCCGUGCAGGCGUCGCCCGUAAAUCUUGAGAAUCUGGAGUAUCUGCUUUCAAAACGAGAGAUUUUUCCGAUCGAGGCGAUUCUGAGAGACCAAAACCAGUUUCAGACCACUCUAUUUUCUGCCGCAGUCCAAAGCGGAAACAAAGGUGUCAUUGACGCGAUUUGGAAGGUUCUAGCUGAUAACUACAGCACGGAGGAGAUCAAGCGAUAUCUGGCACGGAAGGAUGAAUGGCAGCGGAGUGCAGGACAUUAUCUUUUCAACUUCCCGGAGCUGAUCAGUUCAAUUGGCGGCCUUAUUUCAUGGACCGGCAAAGACCAAAAUGGCCAGACGCCGCUCUUUGCUCUGUGCCGGUCGUAUGAUCAUGCUGAGUACACGGCAUUGGUGAGGAUGGGCAUCGACGCUGCGACAAAGUAUCAGCCGGGUUCCGGAGGACUGAGAUUUCUGGACCAUGUGGAUAACAAGGGCAACACGCUGCUGCAUAUCAUGAAAGAUAUACCCUCGCUCGAGUACCUUCUUGAUAUCUGCGAUAUCGAUGUCAACCGGGUGAACGACAAGGGGCUUACACCUUUGAUGGUGAAUAGCAAAUUCUCGCGCAUCGCAGCUAUCGAGACUCUCACCAAGCGCGAAGAGGUCGACAUCUCUCGACGAAACUUCCGCGGUCUGAACGCGGCUGAGCUCGCAAAGGAUGAAACUACUCGAUCGAGGAUCGAGGACAUUACUCUUUUCAGCAAAUGUCCUUUACCGAAUGGCAGAAUUACGUCUGUUCUGCGGGGUUUCUUUGCCGACGACAAUGUGCAUUUCAUUGUAAAGUCUGGGAUUCCACCAGGGGUCUCCACUAUCACUUCUGUGAAGCGGACGUUUGCCGACUUUACGUUUAUGGCGAGGUGGAUGGCAUACGAGCUUCCUGCUUCUUGGAUUCCAGUGCUGAAUAUUCCUCACAACCCGUUCGCGAUCCCAUCUCGGCCGUCGAGAUCUGUCGUUAGAGAAGUCCAGUUCAAGCUAGAUUACUUUUUGCGUACUUUGCUUCUGCAUCCAACCUUCUCUACUCAUGAGCUCUUGUGGGAGUUUUUCCUAGUCGCCGAGUUGACCAAAGAUCUGAGCGAGAAGCGGAGCAAGCAGAAAGCGGAGAGCAGAAGAGAUACGUUGGAAGAUGAGUAUCCUCCGGUCGAAAACACGGACGAGGUCGUCAUAUUCUUUAAUCACGCACUGAAAGAAAUGAGACGUCUUGACGAAUCGUUUUUGAGAGUCGUGACUUGCGGAACUGCAAUGUACCAGAAGCGUUUAGAUCUGGCUGAGGCUUAUUCUGCGAUAGAAGGAUACUUCAAAUCCUUGACGUUUCUUCCUAUCUCGUUUGUGGACGCCUUGACGGAAUUGACGGCUCUUUAUCAAGUGAGCGAUUCUCAUCAGGAAGUGAUGGUCCAGGAACUACACGGAGCAUACUCAGCUGUCAAGUCUCUUGUCACUGCGCUCGCGCGUCCAAACUCGCUUGUGGAAGAUCUCAUGAACAAAACCAACCAGCUAAACAAGUACAAAACGUCGCUUCACCGCGCCUCUACAAGAUUACCCCUUGGCUUACUCGACGACACGCGUUCUCGUUACGCUCAAGAUGCGACGCAUAAUAUUCAGGCUACCAAGGACGAGAUCGCACUGCUUGGGUCGGAGAUUCGAUACUCGCAGACUAUAAUGGCGUCUGAAUUGGGAGGCUUUAACGAUAUGCACGAGAAGGAAGGGCUUCGGAUUAUCGGCGAGUACGUGAGGGAGAAGCUAAAGUGGGAAAAGGUGCGACUGAAGGGCAUGAAGAGUGUUUUGGAAAAGAUCAAGGCAUAG